CCCGGGACGAGAAUUGAGAGGCGAGAAAGAAGGGUCGAGAUGCGCCGACCAUCCAUCCACGUUUUCUUUUUCCUUCUGCUUCUUCUUCCUUCCCUGGGAAUCUUUCCGGCAAGUCGAAUAGCAGAGGGUUUCAAGCUGAGGGUUUCUAGCAGAGCAGAGGGUUCCAAGCAGAGCAGACCAGAGGGUUCCAAGCAGAGAGCAGAUGAGAGGAUGGAUGAUGGCAGUGGGUGCAUCCGGCCGGAGCCUCACCACUUCACCACCUCACCACCAGUCAACGACCACGGGUCCACCAGACGGCCCUGCAGCAGCUCAAGGCUCAAGGCCCAAGGCUCAAUGUACCCCACCAGCAGCACCAGCAGCACCACUACCACGGCCUGA